AUAUAUAUAUACUUGCCAUUCUAAGUACAAUAAUAAUAAUAAUAAUAACUAAUCAUUCGGUGACCAACUAAUCCAGCCAUAUGCCAAAAUGACUGAUAACGGUAAUAGUAACAAUAACAAUAAUAACAAUUACAACAAUGAAGUAUCCAGACGGUUGAAACAACAACCCGAGGAACAGCAAACAGAGAAGAGCCUUCACCUGAAUCUGCAGAAACAACAACAACAACAACCACCACCCCAGCCAAAGAAUGGCGAAAGCCAUCCAUAUCCAUAUCCAGCCUCAGCCCAAUCCGAGUCGCAUCCUGUGAAGAAGAAACGGCGAGACAAAAGCGAUUUGGGCGAUGAUUUUGUGCCUCCCGACGGUGGUUGGGGUUGGCUGGUGGCCGUUGCCAGUGGUAUUAAUAUUCUCGUAACAUUCGCCUUGGCUCAACAAUUUGGCAUUCUGUUCAGAGAAAGAAUGGAAAAUUUGGGCAUUAGCAAUCCACAGAUGACCACAAUUAUCAAUACACAGAUUGCAGUGUCUGCCUUUACAGGUUUACUCAAUGGACCACUCUUUCGACGAUACACAUAUCGUGCUGUGGCCCUUGUCGGAUCAUUGCUGACAUUUUUGGGUCUAUUCUGGAUGGUGUUUGCCGAAUCAUUUGCCAUUUACAUACUGAGCUUUUCGCUCAUGUAUGGCUUUGGACGUGGCUUGACUGUUUCGGCCUCCUCGCUGGCCGUCAACACGUACUUCAAGGUGAAGAGACGCACAGCCACCGCCUAUCAGUUUGGUGUGGCCGGUUUGGGCCCAAUUGUCUGCCCCUUUUUGGCCACCUUUCUGAUAUUCGAGUUUGGAGUGGUGGGCACGACAUUGCUCUUUGCUGGCGCUUCGCUCCAUACAAUUGCCUGUUCGCUGAUCUAUCAGCCUGUCAAGUGGCAUGUGGCUAAGCGACCCAAGGAUGUUGAGAUGCUGCAGCAAAAAAGUGCAUCCGAUCUGCAAUCCAAAGAUGCUGCUGCUAAUGGUGAUUACGAUGAUGAUGGGGAUGAUGAUGACGAUGAUGAUAUUAUUCCGCAUGUUGUGGAGCCAGAGACACCAGUUCUCCCACGAGCCAAUGAUGGUUGGUUCGGGUCACGUGCCUCACUCAAUAGCAGCGGUACACGCAAUCGUUUGAACACGUGGGACAAGACCGAGAACGGUCAUGUGGAGCUGAAGCGUCUGAAUAGCCGAGAUUCGGCAGGAGCCCGACAACAGCGCAGCAUUUCCAUUAGCCACAGCAUCAAGGAGGAGCCUCAUGAUAGCGAAUCGGAGGAGCCAUUGAAACUGGCAUCGGAACCAGUUUUGACCCUGAAGGAGCAAAAGGAAUUGGAAGAUGAAAUCGAAAGGCAGCGACGCAAAAAAUUACCCUUCUACAUGAAAAUUGUAAUAUUCUUCGAUCUGGAUCUAUUGAAGGACUUCACCUAUGUUAACUUGGCCUUUGGCAUUACGCUGAUCAAUUUUGUUGAAAUCAAUUUCGCCAUUCUGACACCCUUCAUUCUGCACGAUCUUGGCUUUGACAAGUCUCAGACUGCUUUGGCCAUGGGGACGCUUGGCUUCUUCGAUUUGGUCAUACGGUUUUUGAUCCCAUUGAUUAGCACCAAGAUUAUAUUGAGCAAUCGAACGUUCUUUGUGGUGGGCAUCCUUGGUAUGUGUGUGGGACGAGUUUUCCUCUCGAUGACAACCAACUUUUAUGCUCUGAUGGCCAUCUUCCUGUGGCUGGGACUGAACAAAGCCUUCCGCACGGUGUUUUGGUCCUUGAUAAUCCCGGGAUAUGUUCCGUUGAAGCGUUUACCGGCCGCAGCUGGACUCCAGUUGCUCAUGUCUGGCAUCUUUUCGAUGGCCUUUGGACCUGUUAUCGGUCUGGUGAGGGACAACUCCAGCUAUUCGGUGACCCUCAACUGUCUCAAUGCCCUCUGCGUUCUGGCCAUUGCCGGUUGGUAUUUGGAGGAUUGUAUUCGUGGUCGUAAUCGGAAAGCUCCGGCAAUCACUGGCCCCACCACCACCACCACCACCACCACCAAGGAAGUGACUCCAACCCACAAGUGAAGUCCUUCAUCACUUUCACUGGGCGGCUUGUCUAGUCGUACUCCUCAAUGUCGUCUCUUUUCAUCUGCUAUAUACAUCCCCACACACCACACCCCACAUCCCACACCCCUAGACCCAGUCCCAUUUUCAGACCCACCAGCACCACCCUAACCCCCCCUUUACUCAUCCAAUUAAACGUCUAGUGUAGCAAAAUACUUUUUGUUGUUCAAUUUGUUAUUACUAUUAUUAUUCCCUCUUCUUUUUUUUUUGUAAUUUUUUUUAUCCAAUUUUUUUUUUUUUUUCUUGCUUGUACGUCUAGUAAAUUUAAAUGCCUGUACAGUUUGUAUAUAAUAAUUAAAUUUAGCAAAUUGUUUGUUGUGAAUUAUUAAUAAAUGUUAUUAAUAAUAGAUAAGUUGACCAAAACUAAACCAAAUACCAAAAAAA